GCGCUCAUAGUUCAUCCUCUCUCUCUCUCUCACACAGCAGCGCUCAUCUCACAGAUCUGAUCUCAGAACACACUGGGAAUUAAAAAUGUCUAUCACAGCGGAAGAGAUGAAGAAUAAAUCACACUUUUCAGGGGAUGACCUUGUUUUCUUCGUUAAUGGAAAAAAGAUCACUGAGAAGAAUGCAGAGCCUGAGAUAACACUCUUGACAUAUUUAAGGAGAAGCUUGGGACUGACGGGAACCAAACUGGGAUGUGCUGAAGGAGGUUGUGGAGCCUGCACUGUAAUGGUGUCUAAAUAUCAUCCACAUCAAAACCGGAUUAUUCACUAUGCGGUUAACGCCUGUCUGGCUCCUCUAUGCUCUUUGCAUCACUGUGCAGUAACAACUGUGGAGGGCAUCGGCAGUGUGGCAAGCAAACUCCAUCCUGUACAGGAGCGAAUUGCAAAGGCUCAUGGGUCACAGUGUGGGUUCUGCACACCAGGAAUUGUGAUGUCUAUGUACGCUCUUUUAAGAAACAACCCUCAACCCACCAUGCAUGACAUUCAGGAAGCCUUUCAAGGCAAUUUAUGUCGCUGUACUGGGUACAGACCUAUUCUGGAAGGCUACAGGACAUUCACAAAGGACGGGGGAUGUUGUGGUGGGAAAGGACAAACUAAUGGCUGCUGUAAGAGUAAUGGAUACAUACAAGAGCAUGUCAAUGAUAAUUCAAUGCUUCCAGCUCAGAAAUUGUAUGACCAAUCAGAGUUCAUGCCACUGGACCCAACACAAGAGAUUAUUUUUCCGCCUGAGCUCUUGAGUCUCAGUAAACAGCCCCAGAGAGAGCUGAGGUUUAUUGGGGAACGAGUGCUUUGGAUUCAACCCUGCUCCCUCAAAGAACUCCUGGAGCUGAAGGCGACCUAUCCAAAUGCUAAACUAGUGGUUGGGAACACAGAAGUUGGUAUUGAGAUGAAGUUCAAAAACCUUCAUUACCCUGUGAUUCUGGCACCAGCUUACAUCUCAGAACUAAACAUCAUCCAACACACUCAGGAUGGCAUCCAGGUUGGCGCAUCAGUGACGUUAACUGUGUUGGGGGACGUGUUGAAUGCAGCGGUGAAGAAGUUGCCCGCUCAAAAGACGGAGAUCUUUAAGGCUGUUCUUGAGCAGUUGCGCUGGUUUGCAGGACAGCAGAUCCGAAAUGUCGCGGCUGUUGGUGGAAAUAUUAUGACAGCGAGUCCCAUUUCAGACCUCAACCCUGUGUUUAUGGCAGCUGGCUGCAAGCUCACGGUGAUGUCCAAAGGGGAGAAACGUGUUCUUGAAAUGGAUGACAAGUUCUUCCCUGGUUAUAGGAAGACACUUUUGAAGCCAGAGGAGAUUCUGUUGUCCAUUGAGAUUCCAUACACAAGAAAGGGACAGUACUUCUCAGCCUUCAAACAGUCCCCUCGCAAGGAGGAUGACAUCUCCAUUGUCACAUGCGGGAUGAAUGUAUUCUUCAAGGAACAAUCCAAUAUAGUGGAGGGUAUCCGGAUAAGCUAUGGAGGAAUGGCCCCUGUUACUGUCCUUGCCACGGCCACGUGCAGCAGGUUGCUCAACAGGCAAUGGGACAAGGAGCUUCUAGAGGAAGCCUGUACCUCAUUGGCCGAGGAGAUGAGUCUGUCUCCCUCAGCUCCGGGUGGGAUGGUGACAUACAGGCGCACAUUGACUAUCAGCCUCUUCUACAAGUUCUUCCUCACUGUGCAGCACAAACUGGCUCUGAACCUGCAGAUGGAGGGUGUGACUGUGAAAGACAUCCGUCCCGAAUAUGCUACUGCUACUGAGCUCUACCAGUUGGACUCACCAUCCAGUGUACAGCUCUACCAGGCAGUUCCCCCUGGUCAUAAUAGUGAUGAUGUAGUGGGACAGCCAAUCAUGCACCUCUCCGCUCUUAAGCAGGCCACAGGAGAAGCGGUCUACUGUGAUGACAUACCCUGCUAUGAAAAUGAGCUCCACUUGGCUUUGGUCACCAGCACUAAAGCUCAUGCCCUCAUAAAGUUCAUUGACACCUCUGAUGCAAUAGCAGUUCCUGGAGUGGUUGCAUUUAUCUCUGCCAAAGACAUCCCAGGAAGUAACAUGACAGGACCAGUCGUCUAUGAUGAGACAGUUUUUGCUGACGAUAAGGUCACAUGUGUUGGACAUAUAGUGGGGGCUAUUGUGGCAGACACACAGGCUCAUGCUCAGAGAGCAGCCAAAGCAGUGAAGAUCAGCUAUGAGGAACUGCAGCCAGUGAUUGUCACUAUUCAGGAUGCUAUUACCAACAAGUCCUUCUUUCAGCCGGUGAGAAGUAUAGAGAGAGGAGAUGUUGCACAAGGAUUCAAAGACUCUGAUCACAUCCUGCAUGGUGAGAUGCACAUUGGAGGACAGGAACAGUUUUAUCUGGAGACUAAUUGCACGCUGGCUGUCCCUCGUGGAGAGGAUGGAGAAAUGGAGCUAUUUGUGUCCACGCAGUCGGCCUCCAAGACUCAAGUGCUUGUGGCUAAAGCUCUCGGAGUGCCUGCCAACCGGGUUGUGUGUCGUGUAAAGAGGAUGGGAGGAGGAUUUGGAGGGAAAGAGAGUCGGAGCACCAUUCUCUCCACAGUGGUUGCUGUUGCUGCACAUACGGUCAAGCGACCGGUUCGCUGCAUGUUAGAUCGCGAUGAGGACAUGCUGGUCACAGGCGGUCGGCAUCCAUUCUUUGGUCGUUACAAGGUUGGUUACAUGAGCAAUGGAAGAGUGAAUGCACUUGAUGUGACGCUCUACAGCAAUGCAGGCAAUUCACUGGACCUGUCAUUGUCAAUCCUGGAGAGGUCACUAUUCCACAUGGAUAACUCCUACAACAUUCCUAACAUUCGUGGCACAGGCUACAUGUGUAAAACCAACCUGCCGUCUAACUCUGCAUUCAGAGGCUUUGGUGGGCCUCAGGGCAUGAUGAUCGCAGAGAGCUGGAUGAGUGAUGUGGCUUUGAGCUGCGGUCUGCCGGCAGAAGAGGUGAGGAGGUUGAACUUGUAUAAGGAGGGAGAUCUCACGCCCUUUAAUCAACGUCUGGACCAGUUUACCAUUGAUCGCUGCUGGGAGGAGUGCAUGCAGCUCUCAGACUUCAACAAGCGCAAGGAUGCAGUGGAACAAUACAACAGGCGGCACCGCUGGACCAAGAGAGGCUUGUCCAUCAUUCCCACCAAGUUUGGCAUCAGCUUCACUGCUGUCUUCCUCAACCAGGCAGGAGCAUUGGUACUUGUGUAUUCAGAUGGUUCGGUUCUUCUAACUCAUGGUGGAACAGAGAUGGGGCAAGGCCUGCACACUAAAAUGGUCCAGGUGGCCAGUAAAACUCUUGGAAUCCCCAGCACAAAGAUUCACAUCACAGAGACCAGCACUAACACAGUUCCCAACACCAGCCCUACGGCCGCCUCCGCCUCCUCAGACCUUAACGGCAUGGCCGUCUAUAAUGCUUGCCAGACGUUACUACAGAGACUUCAGCCUUACAAAGACAAAAACCCCAAAGGCUGCUGGGAGGAUUGGGUGAAAGCAGCCUAUUUUGACAGAGUAAAUCUGUCUGCCAAUGGAUUUUACAAGACUCCAGAUCUUGGCUAUGACUUUGACACAAAUUCAGGAAGGCCAUUUAACUACUUCAGUUAUGGUGUGGCUGUCUCAGAGGUGGAGAUAGACUGUCUAACCGGUAGUCACAAGAAUCUUCAUACAUCCAUAGUCAUGGAUGUGGGCAAGAGUUUAAAUCCAGCACUGGACAUUGGACAGGUGGAGGGCGGGUUCAUGCAAGGUUUAGGUCUGUUCACGCUAGAGGAACUUCGCUACUCUCCUGAUGGUUACCUAUAUACUCGUGGACCUGGCAUGUAUAAGAUUCCCGCUUUUGGGGAUAUUCCCAUUGAAUUAAAGGUCUCGCUGCUCAGAGACGCUCCCAACGAGAGGGCCAUCUUCUCCUCAAAGGCUGUGGGCGAGCCUCCUCUCUUUCUGGCGGCCUCAGUGUUUUAUGCCAUUAAAGAUGCCAUCACUGCUGCCAGGACUGAGUCCGGCCUGACUGGACCCUUCAGACUGGACAGCCCUGCCACGCCUGAACGGAUACGAAAUGCGUGUGAGGACAAGUUUACUAAACUGUGUCCUCCUGCGGAUCCUGGCACCUUUACUCCAUGGGCAGUGCACGUGUAAGACACGGCAAACUCAAUUUAAAGUCAACAUGAAAUCAAAAUGGGCCCUGUAAUGUACAUUCUUGGUCUUGUGUAAUGAUUCUUCGGUGUUGUUCCAAAGAAAAAAUUUGCAUGUAUUUGUUAUCUUGAAACCAAAAUGUUAUAGCUUACUGUUCCCCUGAAACAGCUUUCCUUUCCUGCUGGCACAGGCUGUUGGAUAAUGUUAACCAAUAGCCAAAUAACUAUUUAAGCACUGCACAUUCGGUCCACUUUUCACAAUCCACUUGAUGGAUAACUUCAGUCCCACUUGGCACGGGAUGCAAAUGGAAAUUCAUGUUGACUUCAGUACCUCUCAGCAUUCAAAACGCACAAUAGUGAACACAGACAUUAAGUGAUGAACGAUAAUUGCCAAAGAAACAGAAUGACAAGAUUUGGUCCUGAGCAGAUUAUACUGUGAAGAAAAAGUGUUUUUAUGACCUCUCUGUGCUCUAAGUGAAGUUGCAUUAUAUAAACAGGUAAAAGUA